AAUUUCAAACAUUGUGUUCAAAAACACAAAACAAAGCUUAAACUUCCCGAAGAAGCCAUGGAAGAGGUGAUGAGUUUUAUGAUGCAUGCUUUUGAAUUGGCAAAAAAUCUUGAUCUAGAAUUACCCAACAUGGUCAACAACACUGAGAUUCUAUAUUCAUCCAUUCAUGAGGUAGAAAAAGCUUAUAGUGAUGCGAAAGAAAGAGUAAUGAUGAUGUUGUCGUCGUCAUCGUCAUCACAAUAUAACACAACAACAACAAAAGGUUCUGGUUCCUUUGCUCAAAUUCUGUCUCAUGAUGUUUUCAUGCAGAAAAAGCAGCAUGAUCAAAUCAUGCAUGCACAUUCAAUGGACCCGUUGCUUCUAAUUCAACACCCUUUUGAUGUGAGUGUUUUUCUUGAGAAUGAGAUGAUAAGUGGUGGCGAUGAUGCUCAAAUGUUGAGAUCAAAAGGGAAACAAUUGGUUGAUGUUCAAGGAAAAGAAACACCAUCAUCAUCAUCACGACCAAAACAAAGUAGGAAAAAUGAUUUGGAGAAGAGAAUAGAGAUGUUUCCUGCACCUCAAAUUGGAAACACUGAGAUGCCACCAGAAGAUGGCUUCAUUUGGAGAAAAUAUGGCCAGAAAGAGAUUCUUGGCCGGAAGUACCCAAGAAGUUACUAUAGGUGCACACACCAAAAGCUAUACCUUUGCCCAGCCAAGAAGCAAGUACAAAGGCUUGAUAACAAUCCAAACAUAGUUGAAGUAACAUAUAGAGGUGAACACAUUUGUCACAAAUCCUUAACAGCACCAUCAUCAUAUCCACCACUACCAAACCUACUUGCAAACAUUAGUGCUUCUCAAACUCAAACUAACAUUUCCUCCGAGAUGUGGCGGCCUUCGAUGAAUCUCGACCUCCGGGACGGAGAUGGUAGCGGCGGUGGAGCCUCUAAUCUAAGAUUCGGUGUUGAAUACGCGGUGGCUGAGAUGGCGGAUGCAAUGUUCAAUUCAGGCAGUAGUAGUGGAAAUAGUAUGGAGUUACUCUUUCAACCAAGUGAAGAUAAAUGGGAGCAUGAUGAAAAAGAAGAUUGAAAAAUAGAGUUAUUGGUUUCUUGUUGAGAAAUUAUUUUCUUGUGUUUUGUUAUGUUGAUUAACUCAUAGUUGAUAUAAGGUAGGUUUCUUGAAAAGCAAGUUUAGUUUUUUUGGGUGAUACUUAGUAGAGAGAGAUUAUGUAAGUUUGGAAUAACUCAAUUGUUUUCCUAAUGUGUAAUAUUUGCACGUUUGUAGAAUAAAAUUUAUUAGUAGAUGUUUAAGUA